AAGUUAGGUAAAAUAUUCAAGCAGUUCUUGAAACCGAUCUCUGGAACGAAGUGACUUAAAGUCUGAAGUGAAGUUCAGGUGUUGAUAAUUACUUAAAUAGAACUUAAAGUGCUUAAAUAUUUUAUUUGUAAAAUUUAUUAGAAGCGAAAUUUUCAGAAAUUAAUUUAUUUUGUACCUAUCAGAUCUUUAAAGUGAAGUUAAACAUGGGUGUCUAUACGAAGAAAUAUUUUUUCCAAACUAUGUUGAUAUUAUUGGUGGCCGUUAAGCAUUUGUCAUUCGUGGAAUGCGAUGAUGGCGUUAUCGAAUCGUGUCCUCAACAUUGCAGUUGUGAUGUGUACGAAUAUGAAAUUCAUGUCAAUUGCAGCGGACAAGAUCGCACUGAAAUUAACAGUAAACUUUCUGAAGCUGUUCUGAUUUUGGAUCAAUGUAAACACAACUUUAUAACAAUAAGCGAUAUAUCAUGUUCGUGCUUCAAUUCAAUUGACCCCAAGAUGUCAUACAACGCAAUUUAUUUUAUGAAUGUAGAUGUUUUCAACAGCUUGAUUUAUGUGGAUGUCAUUGAUCUCUGCUCUAACUGUCUUACCCCAAUCGAUAAAAAAGUAUUUACGUCAAAUAUAAUGCUAUGCUCUAUCAACUUGAAGGAGAAUAACCUCACCCUUUUUCCAAAUGAGUCCGUAACUAAUAACGAAUCAAUGAAAUCGCUUAAUUUACGCAAUACUCAGUACACUUCAGUAGGUAAGAAAAUGAUUUGUGAGAUCCCAAAGUUGGUGGAACUAAACUUAUGGGAUGACCUUCGCAUUGUUCUGAAUUCAAAUACCUGCAUCAAUACACAACAUCCACAAUUUCUUGAUCUAAAUUAUAAUUUUUGGAAAUGUGCCGAAGGUUUAAGUAUUGGAAUGACAGAUGGGAAGGAAUUUCUAAAAAAAGAUACUUUGGAUCAUGGCUCUAGUAUGGACGAAACCUGUUUUGAGGUGCAGGAGCAACCUGAUCCGGUUGUUAAACUGAUAGAUGAAGACUUUGAAUACUUUCCAUCACUUCCAGAAGAAAGUUCAAAAUGCCGAUGGUUUGGUUUUUCAAAUAUAAAGCACAUUUAUUGCACUUUAACUACUUUGACUUUAAUCCUUUUGGGAAGCAUUAUGUGUGGAAUAACCAUGUUUUUAAUUAUACAUGCUAUGAUGUGUGCAUGUAAGAUGGAAAAUCCUCAUGCUGAUCCAGAACCUGGUGAAAUUCAGAUUAUGGCAAGUCCUAUUCAAACCAAUCGAUUCUUCUUGGAACUGCCUGUUUAAGAAAAUUUGCUCAUUUGCGCA